GUCGAGAGUAUCCCGAUCCUGUAGACGCGUGCUGCCUUUUGGAGGCUUCGGCAUAUCUCAGGAGCAGUCAGAACUGGCACCGACGUCUGCUCAUUCUAAGUGAUUCGAUGUCCGCCGUCUUGGCUCUGAGCAAGGGGCGAACAUCCGCUCCUGGCAUGCUGCACGUGGUCCGCCGCUGGGCCGCCCUGGCGCUGGUCUCUGGCUGCUCCGUCUACCUGCGGUGGAUCUCCAGCGAGGAAAACCCAGCCGAUGCUUCCUCGAGGAGAGGGCUUGCAGCAGCAGGGGGCCCUGGAGGUGGAUCUGGCGGCGCUGCCGCGCGGGCCGGCGGCCGCGCGCCGCGGCCUGCCAAGGGAGCAGAUCGGCCGUCGGCGUCGGAACGCAGCGGAGGCGACGGAGACUCCGCGCCCAGCAGCGCUGGGGCCGAUGGCGCCGGUGCAACGGCGGGCUCAGCCUCAAGGGCGACGCGCCGCUGCGCGCGGCUGCCCACUGGGGCUCGGCUGCGCAGAGGGGGCUGGAAAUGGCGCGCUUGAGCUACCUGCAGGGGGCCAGCGUGCGACCUCGGACCAAGCAGCUGUACCUGUCGAGCUGGAGGGCCUUCGUGGAGUGGUCGAAGUACCACCGAUUCCCCCUCGCGUUGGAGGGACAGGUAGAAGACGCGAUCGUCUACUACUUCGAAUUCCAAUACUUCGAGAGGGCUCACUCCGGCCUGGGGCCUCGCCUGGCGCCGGCAUUUUUUCGUCAACCCGGGGCGGGGCCGCCAGAAAAGGGCGCACUUGCCUGCGGCUCGCCAAGCACUACGAGGCUGGAGCCUGAAGUGCCCCAGCAUGUCGAGGUUGCCGACGCCGUGGGAAGUGGCGUGCUUCCUUUGCGACUGGCUCGUCGGCGAAGGAUGCUGGACGACGGCGGCGGCUGUGCUGCAGUGCGACGUGUUCUAUCUGAGGCCCAGCGAGGCACUGGGGCUUCGACGGCGUCAGCUGGUCCCGCCUCUAGCUUGCGGGGUCAGCGUCACUCCAGCUGGACGGCAAUCCUUCACCCGAUGGAGUUGGGGUCGCCGUCGAAGGUCAACAAGUGGGACGACUCGAGGCCGCUCGACCUGGCAGACCACAACUUCAUGAUCCCGCUGAUGGGGGGCCCUCUGGAGCGACGCAGGCGGGCCAGAGGGCCAGAUGUUCGGGUUCACGUACCAGCAGUAGCGCACUCAGUACAGACGGGGCGGCCUGGUCUCGGGGCUUCAGGACCUCGGGCCGCCGAUGUUGCGCGGACUGCGACAUGCCGGGGCGAGCCUGGACAUCGGCCUCGGCCGACAGAGCCCGUUGGGCGUGCGGCACGCACCGCAGGGGCUGAGCUCAGCCAAGCUUCGCGCGGCGCUACCAGGAGGCGGGGGGGCUGACCGAGCAGUUGCACCACCUGCCGCUUGGCGCGCAGCGCGCUGCGGCCAGAUGCGCCUCCAGGAGUGGCAGCGCCAUGAGCAUGCAGUCCCGUUCUUCGAGGCCCAUCGCCGCCUUGCCGUGAGGUUCGCUGUUGGGUUAUUUGCGGGUUCAGUGAGUUUCUCUUCGGCGCGGAGGCGACAGCUUGAGUAGCCGACUGUGGAGUUUGACAUUCGUCAUGGUGAGCAGUACGAUUUGACAAUGCGGGGUGUUCAAAAGCUUUCGCGUGGAUGGUUUUCCGCUUCGCAGGUGGCAGCAGUCUGGAUGGGCACGCUCUGCUCGAGCCUCUCACGCGCCAGGGGCCGAGGGAGCGCCCCCCCCUCGGCUCAGCAGCGACGCCCUGUCGCUCGGGAUGCCAGGACUGUCGCCCGCAGACUGCGAGAAGGUCCGAGUAGGAAGUGUGCUCGCGACUAUCUCGGCGUCCAUUCUCAGACUUCGAGCUCGUCUUGUCAUGCCGCGUGCGCUGGGGAACCCAGCGGCCAGCAAAAUAUUGAUAUGUCCCGCAAUGGUUCCCGCCUGUCGCCUUCGCCCCGCGCGUUCAAUUAUGACCGAUCCCUGCGCGUUCGGCACGCCAUGGUGCGAGCGAGCUAGAAUCGUGAGUGUGCAUGUUGACCUGGAUAGGUGCUCU